GAACAAGCCGGGCCCAAGAUGGCGGCCAGUCGCUACCGGCGUUUUCUUAAGCUGUGUGAGGAGUGGCCAGUGGACGAGACCAAACGGGGCCGGGACUUGGGCACUUACCUGCGCCAGCGGGUAGCACAGGCCUUUCGGGAGGGAGAGAACACCCAGAUUGCAGAGCCUGAGGCCUGUGAUCAGAUGUAUGAGAGCUUAGCACGGCUGCAUUCAAACUACUACAAACACAAGUACCCUCGCCCCAGAGACACCAGCUUCAGUGGCCUGUCAGUAGAAGAGUACAAGCUGAUCCUGUCCACAGGUACUGAAAGCACCACUGCUUUUCUGGUUGGUUUGCAAAUGGUUCUUUUGAGUUUGAGCCGCCAAGGGGAAUUGUCUAAUAAGACAGCUUUGCUUGACGGAAAGUCUUGCGGAAUAGCCCAGAGGAAAUUGUGAAGCUACGGGCUCAUGCGUUUUGGCCAUAGAAUGUGGAGAAGGUCAAAGGUGUUAUUUAAAAAUGAAACUCUAUCUUUAGAGCUUUUAAAUUCAAGGCUAGCAGCGGGGAGCAGGGGAAUCCAUGUUUGCCAAAUGGAAGUAGUUGAAAUCAGGAUGGAAGGAAAAUACUUUUAUUUUUAUGGUUCUAAGGGGGCUUUAUAAACAAUGAGGGUUUUAAUUAAAACAAAAAGCUAUUUAAUAAACGGGUAUGGGGAUAUCCGCCUAAGAGUUAUGUGACCCAGGGGACAUGGUCUGUGGGUUAGAUAUGAGUUUAACUGGUU